AUGAACUUAUGCCAAUGCGGAAUCCUUAUCUAUAAACCACCAGCUGAUACCUUGCAGUUUCUCUACGUGGGCCUUACAUGUCCAACAAGACACCUACCAGGCCCCUGGUACACGCGCUUCACGCAUUACCGCCUCAAACGUGCCGUCGUGACCGGCCAACGCAUCUUCUACAUCGACUCACUGCACGAAAAGUAUGGCCCAAUUGUCCGUCUCUCGCCCACAGAAGUGGGUGUUGCCGACCUCGAUGCCUUCAAAGAGAUCCACAAGAUUGGCACCAAAUACAUGAAGAGUGAAUGGUACCUUCGCCUUGCCAACUUCCCCAAAGCCGGUGUCUUCACUAUGCUUGAUCCGCGCGAGCAUGGUCCCCGGAGGAAGCUGUUGUCCAGGUCGUUCAGCAGGUCCUAUCUCGUGCAGUACUGGGAGCCAGUCGUAAAAGAAAAGGCGCUCCUCGCCGUGCAAAAGAUCAAAGCAGACGCCAUGAAGAGCACAGCAGAUGUGUACAACUGGUGGAUGCUACUCGCCUCAGACGUCAGUGCCCAUCUCGCCUUUGGCGAUUCCUUUGGCAUGCUCGAAGACGGACGCACCAACCAAUUCAUGCGCGUCCUCAAAAAACUCACCAUGGGCGCGGGCAUCAUGGUCGAAAUGCCGCUCCUCCGCCUCCUCCGCUUUAUCCCCAUAACCGGCAUCCAGGAAAUGUUCAACGCCAACGAAUUCAUCCUCCAGGGCGCAGGCAAAGCCGUCGAAACCGCGCGCUCACGCACGGGCGAAAACAACAUCUUCGCCAAGGUCAUCGAGGACUGCGAGAAGGAAGGCGAAGGCCACAUUGACGACAUGGACGUCCGAAUCGAAGCCAUGAACGUCAUCAUCGCCGGCACAGACACGACGGGCGUGACGCUCACGUACCUGACGUGGGCGGUGCUGCAGCGCCCGGACCUGCAGGCAGCGCUCGAAGCAGAGGUCGGCAGGUUGCAAGAGGAUUUUACAGAGAACGAUCUUAUCAAUCUGCCGCUGCUUAAUGCCGUUAUAGAAGAGACGCUGCGGCUAUAUGGCGCCGCCCCGAGUAGUCUACCACGCGUUGUGCCGCAGGGCGGGACAAAGUUCGCAGGCCAUUUUAUACCAGAGGGUGUGACGGUAGAUACGCAGGCGUAUACGUUUCAUCGUGAUCCGAAGAUUUGGAGUGACCCUUUGACAUUUAACCCCGACCGCUGGAUCCCCGAUAAGGAGACAGGUGUAGCAGAAGCACUCUCUCCCGCUGCUAAGCUGGCGUUUCAUCCGUUUGGAGCGGGCGCCCGGUCGUGCAUUGGGAUUCAUCUGGCGCGCAUGGAGUUGCGGUAUGCGUGUGCAUUUUUCUUUCGCGAGUGUCAGGGGAUAAGGUUAGGGGAGAGGACGACGCCUGAGAGUAUGGAGUUUGAGAACUUCUUUCUAAUUGCGCCAAAGGCACAUCGGUGCGAGAUCACGUUUAGUGAGGCGCCGUAG